GUCCUACCUCCCCGACCCCAGGCCGGCGGGGCCUGUAGGGAGGAAUUACCUCCCCCUCCGCCAGGUGGUACGGUCUGGUUGCCAUGGUGACGGCCUGUACACCAUCAGGGCAGGGGGAACAUGGCCGCUUUGGCCAGGCUGCAAGGGAGGCUGCCAGGCCCGAGGGAGGAAUAUUUCCAUAGGAACAGAGUUGUAGAUGAAUACAGAAAAGCAGAGCACAAUGCUGCUGUACGAAUCCAGAGCUGGUUUCGAGGAUGCAGAAUCCGAGCAUACAUCAGGUAUCUGAACAAAAUGAUGAUUAUUAUCCAGAAAUGGUGGAGAGGCUAUCAAGGAAGAAAACACUUCAGAAAAAUGGUGGAGACAGCAUAUUUUAUUAUGAAGAUGAAUUUCUACAAUGAAAUGGCUGUCAGGAUUCAGAAAAGAUGGCGAGGCUAUUAUAUCCGAAAAUAUAUCCAUAAUUACUACGCACUGAAGAAAUAUCUGGAAGCUAUUUCUGUGAAUAAUGAGAUUGUCAGGAAAGAACUAGAGGAGUUUGCAGAGAUGAAGGAGAAAGAAAAGGAGAAAAAAGACCUAGAAAGGGAAGAAAAGAAAAAGGAUCACCAAGCCCGAAAGAUGCAUUACCUCCUCAGCACAGAGCAGAUGGCAGGUGUGUACAACUCACCAUUCAGACAAUCACCCGAUCCAAUGGAAGUACGGUUACGGAAGGCAAGGCCUUUUAGCCACAGACAGCAACAAAUAAAGAAGCAUCUUACUGAUGAGAUUUCUGACUGGCCAACUUGUACAAGUGCCCUAACUUUCCCUACAAUGAAGCCUCUUCCACCCAUUGGCAGACAGAAACCUCAGGGGCCCUUCCGUGAUACUGCUGAAGUAUUGCAGCAACGCUACAAGCCUUUGGAACCAACCUUGCGGGUGGCAACAUCAAUCAAUUCACUAGAGAAGGCCAGAGAGGAAAUCAAAAGAGAGGAAUGGAGAAACCGCAUAAAUGACAAUAAAUUUUUGCCAUUUUCUUCAUGUCAUAAAAACCAGGAGUAUGACCCAUUAAUUCAUACAUCAAGUAAAUAUGGCCAAAUGACUUAUGGAAUCAAACAUUUCCGAGAAGAACAUCAUGAGAAAUGGGUAGCAAACACACAUUGCAGAGCCAAUACAGAUAUGGAAGAAAGAGCUGGAUUCUAACCUGGCUUCCACAUCAGCAAUAGACUUUUUAACCAAGUUCAAAUUAUAGGGCUGAAUUCUGAUCUUACUUACACUUACUUGGGCAACUCCAAUGAAUGCAGUGGGGUUGCAGGUGUGAUGAGGGCUGAAUUUGAAGCACAGAUCGUUAUUACUGCUGAGAUUGCACAAGCCAAAAAGAAAAGUACUCUACUGUUGUCAUAUCCCAGGCUAAAUUUAGAGGGGAAAUAAUCCCAUUGAUCCAAGUCUUGAUGUCCUUACCCAGUUUCCACUCAGGCCUUUCUCAGGCAAAACUCUCAUGGAAGCUAGCAUCUGGUUUGCCUUAGUAAAAACUGAGUAAGAACAUCCAGAAUUGGCCCACUUAAAAUGUUCACUGUGUACAAUUACUGUAAAAUACCCAGUUUUUAUGAGAAGUGUUUGUCAUUACCAAAGAAUUGGAAAUAUUAAACAGUGACUUGAGCAGUCACAUUACCUAAAACUUCAUUCUCUUCUAUCAAGCCAUUGCUUGGCCCUUGCAGCUGUGCACGAGAGUAAGGGGAUGUCCUUUUACUCCCCGGCGUGGACUACCUGUACCAUGGCUAGCAGUGUGGGGAGGGAAGUACACUCCACAGAGCUGCUAUAUCUCCCCUCCCAUCCUGUGCAGGUACAUUGGACAGGAUGGGGUGGGGGCUGGGCAAAGCCAAGGCUCCAUCUUCAACACACCAGCCAGCAUAGCUGUGCUAGGGGGAAGAACAGUGUGCAGGUAUAGAUCUGGCAGGGUGCUUCCUCCCUAGGGCAGCAGGGAGAUCAUGAGACAGAGUCACAGUCUCCCCUGCAGGGCUGUUCCAGAUGCUCUGCCUCCUCACACUAGGCAGAUCAUACAGUAAGGAUCUAGACCUAUGUAAUUAUCAGAUUAGUCCUUUUUCAAAUUCAUCAGCAGUAAUUGGAAAUCUUUCAUAAUUUUAGCAAGCCCUGCUUGCAUUUGAUUUUUUCAUUUAUAACUCCCAAGAGGAAAUGUGUGUAAACCAGUUUUAAGGCUUAGUAAAAUUUAAGUAUAAUUAUAAUGAAAUAUUUGUUGCAUAAAGUAAACAGCAAUUAAUGUUUUCUUCCUCUAUUUGAAAGCUAUUAAAAUAGUGUUGCUAGACUUCCUACUGUGAGAAUAAUUUCUUGAUUUUGUGCAACAUAUUAUCAUAUGCUUCCUGUCAAUAAAAGAGCAAACUAACAAGCAGAAAAAAGUUGCCUGAUG